GUUCGAAGAAAAACAAAAAAGGAAAAAUAAAUCAAAGUACGCGAUCGAUCAAUCGAAACGUAAUUAAUGUGUCAAUAACGGAAGCAUAUUUCGUUAUGUCCCAUCAGCAUUUAAGCUCGUGCAAAAUUGUAAUAUGAAAGAAAGUGCUAUAAUAAUAAUAAAAAAAAAAAUAUCGAACGUUGCGCUUUCAAAAAAACUUUAUUAAAAUAUGUAUCUAAAUGAAGGAUGCUUCAUCUUCGAUUAUAAUUGUCCAGAAAAGUUUAAGUUUUCAGAUAAACUGUGAUGACAUAGCCUAUGUAGAAAAUUGUUGUUAAAUUUAUCCGUAGAUAUAUUAAAGUAAUCGAGGCACAUAAAUGCUUAGUUGUUCUCCAAAAUGUCCCACAUUGAGACGUCAAAUUAGGGAAGAAGUUAAAAAAUCAGGUUGGACAGAUGAAUAUAUGCGAAACAUCGUCGAUGUCCAGAGAGUGGACAUCGCAGAGGAUUGGGAUCGAAAGGUGAAACCGGAUCCACGUAAAGGAACACGUAGAAUACCAAUAAAUUCUCUUAGAAGGAUUACCGAAGAGCCAACGAUAGAACAUGACGAACGAUAUAAGGAGAAAGAUAAACGGGCAGAUUAUCCCAAUAAAAUAGUUCAAAAUUCUAUACGUAUCACUGAUUACAAAGAAGUUAUCGAUAAGGAUGAAAUUCCUUUGGCUUCAUUGAAACAAGAAACUAUUUAUUAUACGGAAGAAAGGGAAAUCACUCGUAGAGCUUCACCGUUGAUAGUUGAAAGAAUUAGUCCUGAAGUAUUGAAGCCACAAAUACCGAAAGAAAAACAAAUCGAAAGUCCGAUCGAAGAUCAGGUUUAUGAGGAAGAACAGGUGGACGAUACUGCAAUAAUCUAUUCUAGGAUUGAUUCUAAAGAAAUCGAUCACAAAGAAAUUUCUAGGAUACCUCCUGAUAGAAAAAUAACGAUAAAGGAACAGGAAAGAAUCGGUGAAAAAGUGGACGAUAAGAUAAAAAUUAAACGUAGAGACGAUUCCCCAGAUAGUUAUUACAAAUAUACACCUAAGGAACUUCCUAGCGACUGGCCGCACGAUGGUUGUGAUGAAGCUUGUCUCGCAAGAGUAUUAAAAGAACAUGCCGAAAAGUUGUUGCAAGAAAAGAAGAAGAAGGAUCGUUAUUUGACGACAGGAUUAAGUUAUUUCGACGACGUUUGUACCUGUUCCCUUAGUUGUAUGAUAUGUAAUUUGAAAAAAGAUCGUUUCGUAUGUAGUAUAUUAACGUCCGCAAUUUUAUUCUCCUUUGGUAUAAAACUAUGUUCGGAAUUAUAUGGCUGGUACUUACCCAAUCGCACUUGACAAAGUCAAGGCUAACUUUUACGAGGGAAUGAAAGAACAGAAUAAAAAAAAAAAAAGAAAAGAAAAGAAAAAGAAAAGAAAGAAAAAAAAGAUCAAUUUAAUAAAAAUAAAUAUGAUUGAACAUUUGUUUAAUAUCUCGCAAUUUUUUGUUUCAAAAGUAUUCUAAUUGUACAAAGCAAAGCCAUUA